CACUUACCUGUGCUCAUAUCUCCGUGGUUCACGCGCAGCUCACGAUAGCUACGCUUUGCUCCGUGGUCGAUCCACGACCAGCAGUCGGCAACCGGUCGGCAACAAUUCACUCUUUUAACUCGAUAACCGGCAGCGGCUAGUGCGCAAACACGCACGAUCUGCUCGUGUGUUGCGUGGAACCCACUCUACCUCCAGAGACGUCUUUUCCGCGGUUAGUCCUGAUCGAACUAGUUUAAUGUAGCCAUGUCGACUCGCAUGGUGCGUCGGCUACUGGAGCAGCAGCAGCGGGAAUCGCAGAGCUCAAAGCCUUCCCGUGCUGAUGAGGGGGAUAGAGCGGAGGAGGAGAAGGGCGAGGAGGAAUUGGAAGAGGAGGAGGAGGAGGAGGAUGAGGAUGGGUCGGAUUCGAGGCUGAUAGCGGCUGCGCGGAAUGCGUUCGACCUUCUAGACAUGGAUGGCGAAGGGGGGGGCGAUGAAGACGAGGAGGAUGACGAAGAGAGCAAGGCAGCACAGCAAGAGAGCAGGGAGCAGAAGGGGCGGGGGAAGGGACGAGGUGAGGCGGGUAGAGAUUCGGGUAGUAAAGAGGCUGAAGAGAACGGGGGGGAUGAGGAAGAGGACGAGGAGGAGCAGGAGGAGGAGGAACGCAGGAGAACGGAUAGGCAGCGGAGGAGCGGCAGGAAAAAGAAGAAGGGCAAGGGGAAGAAGAAGGGUGGAGGGGGAGGGGCGGGAGAGGAAGCCGGAGGAGGAGGGAAAGCGGCAAAGCUAGAUACUGAAAUAGAGAGCGCUUUGGCUAGAAUCGAGGGCCAAGAAGGGGAAAUGGCAGCAGCAGCAGCAGCAGAACGUAAUGGAGCAACAGCAACAGCGACAGCCGCAGCAGCAGGUGGACCUGUCACCACUGCAGCACGGCCACUACUAGCCGUUGACACACGGUUUCUGCGAGCAGACGACGAGCUGAAACGAAUUUUUGGGGCCAAGGUUAUUCGCCAGGUGGAGCGACAGGCAGGGGGGGGCGGGGGGGCAGGAGGAGGGGGAGCGAUGGGUGUGAGGGGACAGGGCGGGGUGAGGGGGAGGCGCGGAGGGAUGGGGGGGGUGGGAGGAGGGGGAGGAGGAGGGGGGAGUGUGGGGAGGAGAGCGCUGCUGGUGCAGGAGAGGGAGCACUGGCCGCCUGGUGUAGUGGCGGAAAAGGGUCUGACGAUGGAGUAUGCGGGGGAGACGAAGGGGAAGGCCCAUGGGGCUGCUGGUUCUAGUGGUGUUGGUGGUGGUGGUGGUGGUGCUGCUGCUGCUGCUGCUGGUGGCGCUUCACGGGUGUUUCGCUACGUGCAAUCGGCCACCUACCGGGCAGCGCAACACCUGUUUGAGCAGACGGUUGCUUCCCAUGAUCCCAACCAGCUGGCUCUAUUUGUGGCGCACCACCCGUACCACGUGGAGGGGCUGCUGGCCCUGUCAGAAGUGUACAAGCAGGUGGGCGAGGUGCAGACGUCAGCAGACCUUCUGGAGAGAGCCCUCUUCCUGCUCGAAGCAGCCUGGCACCCGUGGUUCAACCCCUCACUGGGUACAUGCUGCUUGGACUUUUCCCAUGAGCCCAACAGGGCGCUCUUUGAUGCUCUCUUCCGCCAGAUGCAGCAUGUGGGCCGCAGGGGCUGCCACCGUGCCGCCUUUGAGCUCUGUAGGCUGCUGCUGUCAUUGGAUCCAGACACCGACCCCCUUGGUGCUCUACAGUGCAUAGAUUUCUACGCCCUCAGAGCUCGCCAGUUCACCUGGCUGCACGAUUUCGUGGACCAAUGGGGGGGCGACACGUCACUGGCUGUGCUGCCAAACUUUUGCUACGCGCUUGCCCUGGCGAGACUAUGGGAGGGCGAGGGGGAGGGGGAGGGGGAGGCUGGUGGGGAGGAGAGAGGGAGGGGAGGGGGGAGUGGUGAGGGGAAGGGGAGGAGAGAGACGGGUGGGGAAGCAGCAGCCAAUGACAUGGUGCCAGGUGCCAGCCGCACGACUGCUGCGGUUCCUGAUGCGGCAUCUCUACUCCGUGAUGCGCUCUUCCUCCACCCAUAUGUUCUCAAGGGCUUGGUGGAAAAGGCUCCCAUUAAAACUGAUGCUUCCUGGACCCACAUCCUCAAGCACCCGCUCUUCGCCAAGACGACACCUGGCAGCGCAUCAUUGGAGCAUCUGGUGCGGCUGUAUGUGGAGCGCAGCGCAGUGCUGUGGCGGGGUGAUGCCGUGCAGGGGCUGCUGAAGAGAGUUGCGGGGGAGGUGGUGGGGACGGUGGAGCGGGAGAGGAGGGAGGGGGGAGGGGACGGGGAAAUGGAGAGCUGGAAGUGUGUUCGGGAGGUGUCGUUUCCGUCGGCAGUCAACGAAUACCGCCACUUGCUGCUAUCCGACUUCUCAGACGCCGCCCCGACUCUGCCGCCCGAGGAGCUGAUGGCCAUGCAACAAGACGAAGGCGGCCGGCAGCGCCGCCCAGGAGCCAACGGGCCCGGCUUCCUGAUUGGUGCAGGUGCCGCUGCCGCUGGUGGUGGUGGCGGCGGCGGUGGCGGUGGCGGUGGCGGUGGGGGGGCAGGGGGAGGGGCAGGAGGGGGAGGGGGCGAAGGAGGAGGGGCAGGGCAAGGGCAAGGGGGCCAGCAGGUGGACCUGGCAGGGCGAAAUCCGCUGAUGGUGUUUCUAGAGGCACUGCUGCCGUGGAAUGAUUUUGGGGGGUUGGGUGGUGGCGCUGGGGGGAUGAAUGCGGAGGAGCAACAAGCUGCUCUGGCGGCUGCGCUGGCUGCUGCUGAUGGUGGUGAUGGUGAUGAUAGUGGUGGGGAGAGCGAUGAGGACGUUGAAGAGAUUGAGAUGGAGAGAAGGCAGUGAAAUAGGCACCUGUGGGGUGGGGGAAUAGUUGCACCACCACUGCCUGUCGCCUGUGUUGGUGUGUAUUUCAGUGAACCAGGCGGCGCCUCUUGUGAUCAUUUUCUUAGACAAUGACAGAGAAAAAACCUUUGUUCAGUGAGUUCUUCUACAAGAAUAUUUUAGCUUCAAAUUGGUGUGUUUUUAGGUGCACCAGAUUCAUAGGAUUCUACACCAUGUUUUGGCACUUUGGACA